AUGUCAUUAAGCUCAUAUCGCCUCCUAACCUUCGACGUCUACGGCACCCUCGUCGACUGGGAGUCCGGCAUCAUCGCAGCUCUCCAACCCUCCCUGCAAAAGAACCCCGCCAACAACCCCACGCGCUCACAGAUCCUUCAUGCCUACCACGUCCUCGAGAAAGACCAGCAGUCCAAGACACCUUCUAUGCUGUACCACGAGGUCCUGGCUACGAUUCAUGCACCCCUCUGCAGAGAUCUUGACCUUCCACCUCCAACGGAACAGGAAUCAAAAGCCUUUGGCGAGUCAAUCGGCUUCUGGCCCGCCUUCCCAGACACCGUUGCCGCACUACGCCGCCUCAAGAAGAAAUACAAGCUCGUUGUUUUGAGCAAUGUAGACAAGGAGUCCUUUGCGAAGACGAACGCCGGAAGUCUGGAAGGGUUCGAGUUCGAUCUGGUUCUCACGGCGCAGGAUAUCGGAUCUUAUAAGCCAGAUCUCAGGAACUUCGAGUACAUGCUGUCGGCUGUAAAGAAGAAGUUUGGAGUUGAGAAGGAUCAAGUGCUGCAAACGGCGCAGAGCCAGUUCCAUGACCAUCAACCGGCGAAGAAGGUUGGGAUUAAGAGUGUCUGGAUUGUGAGGCCUGGUGCUAUUAUGGGGAAUGUGGAGGAGAAUGUCUUUGACUGGAAGUUUGAGACUUUGGGGGAGAUGGCGGAUGCGGUUGAGAGUGAGGCAGCUGCCCUCUCUGUGAUUAUGAAAUAUGGAAGUAAGCAGCAAGGCUCAGAGCUCGAUACCCAGCGUAGAUGGGAAGAACUAUCUGGAGAGCUUGGGAAUGCGCUCCUUAUUGUUUCUACCGAGACAGACCCAGGUUGGACUGGAAUUAGACCUGGUAUUGGUAAUAUUAUACUUGGAGAGUAA